CGGCGGUUAGCCUUGAGAAGUGAACAAUGCUACAACACAGAACUGUGAGGCCCUUCUGCCGCGCCACUGGCGCGGCUAUGCCCCGAGCAAUGUGCGUUGUUGUCAAUGCCAAGCUAAAGGUGGCCGUAACCGGAGCAGCGGGGCGCACUGGAGCGCUGAUUGUCAAGAAGCUGGCGGAGCGGCAGGACACAUAUGAGACCCGGGCAAUCGUCCGGAACUCGUCGUCCAAACCCAAGCUCACGCAGCUGGGGCUGCCCGACGCUGCCAUCUACGAGGCCGACAUCUCCAGCGGCGGCGCCGACGCCUUCGCAAGGGCCUUUGCGGGCUGCGAUGCGCUCAUCAUCGCCACCUCAGCUGUCCCCGUGCUCAAGCCGCUCAGCCUGCUGCGUGUCAUCUGGGCCAAGAUAACGGGCGCCCAGGGCGUCAUGCCGGACUUUGGCUGGAAGCAGGGGCAGUUCCCUGAGCAGGUGGACUGGCUGGGACAGAGGGCGCAGAUUGAUGCCGCCAAGGCAGCUGGCGUGGGGAAGGUGGUGCUGGUGAGCAGCAUGGGCGGCACGGACGUGGGCAACAGCCUGAACAAGCUGGGAGAUGGCAACAUCCUGCAGUGGAAGCGCAAGGCGGAGCAAUACCUGAUGGCCUCCGGCCUCACCUACACCAUCAUCCACCCGGGAGGCCUGCUUGACGAGCCGGGUGGCGCCCGGCAGCUGGUGGUGGGGGUGGACGACUCGCUCAUCAAGCAGCCGGUGCGCAGCAUCCCCCGGGCUGACGUGGCGGAGUUGUGUGUGCAGUGCCUCACACUGAAGGCGGCGGAGAACAGGUCGUUUGACGUAAUCAGCCGCAAGCCCGGAGAGGGCGAGCCCACCAAGGACUUCGAGGCCCUGCUGACGGACAUGUCCGCAAACUGUGAUUACUCCAUUAACAGCCAGUGGCCGUGACCCGUGGGUCAGUGGAAGUGAGCAUGGCAGGGAGUGCAUUAUAAUUUGCAAGCGGCAUGCGGAGUGGACGUAAUCUGUGAGGGAAGGAGGGAGGUCCCGGUGCCUUAGGGUCCAGGCCAUGUUUUAAUUUUGUAUUGAAAGGCGGGUGCUAGGGAUGAAGCCAGGCGUAUGCAGCCUGGCCCAAUUUUGUAUGCGCUGUUGACAGUGCUUGUGGCUAGGGUCGUACUUGGCGCUGGAUCCUGGACACGUAAGGACCGAGGAAGCGGUCAGGAAGUCGUCAUCCUGUGAACACAUACCGGUAUCAUUAUGGCAUAGUCCUGGUCAACUGAGGCGCGGUUGUGGAUCCCCUAAAGGGGUCCCCGAGGCGCUUCGUUACAGCUAAGCGACGUGUAAUUUAAGCU